CACGGAAUGUUAUAACAUAUAUAUAUCUCUAGAUUUCUGGUUAUUGACUAACCCUGUCAAAGAGGCAUAGAGAUCCUGGAGAAAAUAAAUUUGUCCAAGAACAAGGUACAUUCUUAUUGAGCUAAUGAGCUGAUUUACGUGGGGAUUUAGUUAUUCUUUUCAUCAAGAGAUUUAAUGGUAAUCUACAUGGUUAUGAUCUGACACUAAAUGUUUGUAGAAUACCAAUCUCCUGCCCUUCUCUUUUGGAAGUCUACCACGAUGUUGACGUUGAAGUUGAGUGGAUUCUGCGACUGUGAAGGAUGCUGGCGUAAGGUGAAUGAGGCUCUCUCCGGUAUCAAAGGGAUUAAAGGGAGAUUAAUAGACAAAAAGAAGUUCCUUGUCACUGUCACUGGCAUUGUGGACACUGAAGCCGUGAAAGCAAGAUUGGCUAAGAUAAGAAAGGGUGUUAAGGUUGAGGUUAUAUUCCAAGGUGACGGGGAAAAGAAGGAAGAAGAAAAGAAGCCACAAGAGGAAGCUAAUUUUAAUGGGCCCUAUAAUAAUCCCCAACCCUAUGCUUAUUUUAAUGGGCCCUAUAAUGAUCCCCAACCCCAAGGUCUUGCUGAUGGUAGUGGGCCCUAUAAUGAUCCCCAACCCUAUGCUUAUUUUAAUGGGCCCAAUAAUUAUCCCCAACCCCUAGGUGUUGGGCCCUAUAAUGAUGCUGAAGCUGGUCCAUCCAAUAGAGGGGGGAAUAGUACUGAGCCCAUGGGUGAACAGAACUUAGAACACGACCUUGCAAGAUAUCUGUGUGAUUAUGGGCUUGACUAUGACCCAAACUUUCCUUUUGGCACUGAUGUCGUCCCACCCUCUGCUUCUUUUAAUGGGUCCUAUAAUGAUCCCCAACUCCUAGGUCUUGCUUAUUGUAGUGGGUCCUAUAAUGAUCCCCCACCCCAAGGUUUUGCUGAUGGCAGCGGGCCCUAUAGUUACCCCCCAGCCCAAGACCACGCUCAUGGUAACGGGCCCUAUGAUUAUCACCCAUCGCAAGACUUUGCUGAUGAAAUUUCCAAUGCAUGUUCUAUUAUGUGAGCUAUUCAUUACAAAAGAAAUAAAAAUCGACUACAAUAAGUAGUGGAUGGUAUUAGUUUUUUUUUUUUUUGAAUUUAUAUGUUUUAA